CGCCCCCCACGUGACUUUGGCGUGGCGUCACACCCGGAAGUAGCCCUGCAGCGGAGCGGGCAGCAAUGAGUGGGGAGCUGGGGCAGGUGUCCGUAGUGCCCCCUCCCGGGGAGGUGGAAGCAGGCAGUGGAGUCCACAUCGUGGUGGAGUACUGUAAACCCUGCGGCUUUGAGGCGACCUACCUGGAGCUGGCGAGCGCUGUGAAGGAGGAGUAUCCGGGCAUCGAGAUUGAGUCGCGACUCGGGGGGACAGGGGCCUUCGAGAUUGAGAUCAAUGGACAGCUGGUGUUCUCCAAGCUGGAGAAUGGGGGUUUUCCUUAUGAGAAAGACCUCAUGGAAGCCAUCCGAAGAGCCAGCAAUGGCGAACCCUUAGAAAAGAUUACCAACAGCCGGCCUCCCUGUGUCAUCCUGUGACUAAAAAUGAUUCUUGGAAGCUUGGUUCUGGGGUUUAAAUCUUCGUUUCCUUGCCGUUACGCUAGGAACUCGCUCUACCGUUAGCCACUCUCUUAGCCCCGGGUAGCUAAGACCCCAACCUUACUUUGCCUCUUUGGGCACAAGGAGGGACCUAGACAUUCCUGUGGUCUAAAGAAGAAAAGAGAUGUUCUCCAUGGACAUUUCCACCGCCUCCUCAUAUCCCCUUCCUGGGAUCUGCCCCCUCUGCAGUUUGGUCCUCUUCCGAGCGUGGCAAUACCUUUCAGAUGCCAUGGUGGCUAUAACUUAUUUUCCCUGAGUCCUGAGCAGUGUCGGCUCUUGGCAAUAAAGAGUAACUACAGA